AUGUCAUCUACUAUGUUAUUCAUUGUUUUAUUGGUGAUUACAGUUGCUCGUGCAGCACCUGUGCAAGAUGAAACAUGCGAUGUACAAGCAUAUCGUCAAAGUCACUGUACGGCUAGUGUCUUUGUCCAACAUGGUUGUACAUCAGCCACUGUCGAUUUAAUCCAUACUGAUUUUCUUCAGUCAUGCAGUUCAGUCAGAUUGAACUGGGCUUAUGCAGCAAACAAUCUGACAUUGAUCAUUGGAAGACAGGAACAUCAAGCAUUCACGGUUACUAUCAACAACGAUCAACUGAUAGAGACUGUCUCACACAUCUAUCGCAUUAUUGGCAAUCAAGAGACAGAAGUGACAACAAAAGACCAUAAAUUGGUUCAAAAAUCCGAUUCAAAUGGUCAAAUUAAACUUAAAUUAGAAGUUCCACCAGAAUUGAUGCCUUAUGUAGUUUUUGUUAACUAUGAUAUCGAUUAA